AACUGCCCCAUCCAACUGAGUCUGCAUAGUGUCCAGUCUGCACCAUGGGCUGUAGAACUCUCUGCCUGUCUCUGCUUUUGCUAGUGGCCGGAUCCUACGCCCAACAAUGCACUCUGAUAACACCAAGCUUGCUACGUGUAGAGACGGAAGAGACCAUUGUGGUAGAUGCUCAAGGACACAACUCUGCAUUUGAGGCCAACAUCCUUAUCCAGGACUUCCCUCAGAAGAAACUCAGUCUUGCAUCAGCCAAAGUCUCCUUGAAUAAUAACAAUGGGUUUCUUGGAAGUGCCACAGUAAAGAUUCCCUCUGACCAACUCCCCAAAGAGACAAGAAACAAUCAGUUUGUGUAUGUCAGUGUGAGCUCCGGUUCAUGUACACUGGAGAAAGCUGUGAUGUUGCAAUACAGCAGCGGCUAUAUCUUCAUUCAGACAGACAAGACUAUCUACACCCCAGGAUCUAAAGUUAUGUGUUGGGUUUUCUCCAUGAACUACAAGAUGAAUCCAAUUACAAAACCAAUGGUCAUCAAAUUUGUGAACCCAGAUGGCAUCAUUGUGAUGAGAGAGACCUUCCGCCCUACCAGUAAAUCGGGGAUUUUUUCUAAAACAUAUGCUCUGCCCAAGCUUGUGAGCCCCGGGAUAUGGACUGUCUUAGCAAAGUAUGAAGACACCCCUCAGCAGGAUUACACCACCAAUUUUGAAGUGAAGGAAUAUGUACUGCCCACAAUAGAAGUCAUUCUGAAGCCAGAAAAUAGUUUCUAUUAUACUUCUUCUGAGACAUUUUCAGUAGAUAUUGAGGCACACUACCUGUUUGGGAGGCCUGUGGAAGGACACGCGUUCGUGCUCUUUGGGGUACAGAAGGACGGCACAAGGACAGGAAUCCCAGAGUCUCUAGCGAGAGUACAGAUUAAUGAAGGUGAAGGACGUGCUGAGCUGAAAGGGGUACACCUUCAGAAGUAUCUUAAUGCAGCUGAGAUGUUGAACUACAAGUUAUAUAUGACAGUCUCUGUGGCCACUGCAACAGGCACCGACAUGGUAGAAGCUCAGUUGGAGGAAAUCUAUAUCGUCUCAUCUCCUUACAGAAUCCUCUUCAGCAAAUCCCCACAGUAUUUCAAGCCUGGAUUGACUUACGAUUUAACGGUUCUUGUAACCAAUCCCGAUGGCUCACCUGCUAAUCGGAUCCCCGUGGUGGUUGAUCCGGGAAACUUUCGUGGGGAAACUCAAGCUGACGGCACCGCUAGGCUGACACUAAACCCUGAAGCAGGAAAGGCAGCGAUGCCUAUUUCUGUCAAAACAGACAAGAAAGGUGUGCAACCCCGGCACCAAGCAACUGCGACUAUGUCUGCUAAAGCCUACAGUCCCGCCUACUCGUUUAAUAAUUACCUGCACAUCAGCGUCCCUGGAUCGGAGCUAAAACUCGGAGGCACGCUCGCAGUGUAUUUCUACAUCAAAACUGACUCCCCAGAGGUUGCCGAACAAAUCCGGCAUUUCACCUAUUUGGUCAUGAGCAGGGGGCGCAUCAUAAAGGUGGGCAGGCAGGAACGGUCGCCUAAUAAGCCCGUGGUCGCCAUGUCUCUGAGCGUCACUGAGGACUACCUACCAUCUUUCCGUAUUGUGGCCUAUUACAUGGUGACAACAACCAAAGGGGGCGAUAUUGUGUCUGACUCUGUCUGGGUGGAUGUGGUAGAUACCUGCAUGGGCACGCUGGAGGUGACAGGUUACAAGGACAAGGACAACGCAGUCCAAUACCCGUCGGCAAGCGUGCAACUAAAACUCACAGCCGACCACAAGGCCAACGUGGGACUCGUGAUUGUGGAUAAAGGGGUCUUUCUGCUGAACAAGAAGUAUAAACUCACUCAGAGUAAGGUUUGGGAUUCAGUGGAGAAGUCAGACACCGGCUGUACUCCCGGGAGUGGUGCUAAUAGCGCAGGGGUCUUUUAUGAUGCUGGGCUUGCUCUACAGACCUCCUUCAGUAUUACUACUGAUCAAAGAAUAGAGCCUCAAUGUAAAGAUUGGGCGCCGCGCAAACAGCGUUCAUUUGUUGCAGUGAUGGAGAUUAAAACUGGGAAAGCUUCAGAAUACAAGGACAAGGCGAAACAGUGCUGCCUGGAUGGGAUGCAGGAGAACCUGAUGGGCCACAGCUGUGAGCGACGUACCCGCUACAUCUUGGAUGGGAAGGAAUGUGUGGACGCUUUCCUGGACUGCUGCAAAUACUAUGAGAAGAGGAGGGAAGAUGAGAGGAAGAGUAAAGAUGAGGAUACUCUGGAAAUAUAUGAGGAGGAUUCCGGUUACAUGAUGAACAAUGAAAUUGAAAUCAGAUCAGACUUUCCUGAGAGCUGGUACUGGAGAGAAGAGCAAAUGACUGGAGCUGCUGAUAAAGACAAGAUUUCAACCAAGAUCCUAAAUGUUCAGUUGAAAGACUCAAUAACAACCUGGGAGGUUCUGGCUGUGAGCUUGUCUGAAAACAAAGGUCUGUGCGUGGCUCCUCCCCAUGAGAUUAAGGCAAUGAAGGAUUUCUCUAUCGACCUAAAACUGCCUUCUUCUGUUGUGAGGAACGAGCAGGUGGAGAUCCGAGCCGUUGUCCACAACUAUAACAGCCACAAGAUUAAGGUGCUAGUGAAGUUCGGCUACAAUAAAGAGUUCUGCAGUCUGUCCAAACCUAAACAGAAGUUCCGGCAGGAGGUUUGGGUUGGUGCCGAGUCCUCUGCUGUUGUCCCCUUCAUCAUUGUGCCACUCGAACUCGGUCAGCAUGUUGUAGAAGUGACGGCAGUGGUCUAUAGGCAAUUUGUUUCAGACGGCGUCCGUAAAACGCUAAAUGUUGUGCCCGAAGGAGUGCUUCUUUCAAAAACAUUAAAUUCUGUGAUUUUAGAGCCAGAGGUAAAAGGAAGAGGUGGGGUCCAAGAAGUAACGAUUAAAGCGCUGUCUGCACCGAAUAUUGUUCCCAAGUCAGAUAUUGACAUCAAAGUCAUAUUACAAGGAACUCCAAUCAGUCAGCUGGUGGAGAGCGCCAUUGAUGGGAGCAAAUUACGGCAUUUGAUUCAGAAACCAGUCGGGAGUGGAGAGCAGAACAUGAUGAGAAUGACUACUAAUGUCAUUACUACACGGUACCUUGAUGCAACCGCACAGUGGCAGCGAGUUGGAGUGGACCGCAGAGAAACAGCCAUCGGCAACAUUAAAGAUGGUUAUCAGAGAGAACUGGCUUAUAGGAAACCUGACGGCUCCUUUGCAGCAUUUCAAAUUAGGCCAUCCAGCACGUGGCUCACAGCGUACGUUGCUAAAGUGUUUGCCAUGUCCUACGAAUAUACAGAGAUUGAUGAUUAUGUUCUCUGUGGUGCAAUCAAGUGGCUUUUCAAUGAGAGACAAAUGCCAGAUGGAAUGUUUGUAGAGAAUGGACCUGUCCUUCAAAUGGAAAUGGGGGGGGGAAAUAAAGCGGGAGCAGCAGAGCCAGACGCAGCCCUCACAGCCUUUGUGCUCAUCGCUAUGUUAGAGAGUCGGGAGAUUUGUACCCAAAGGCUGAGUAACCUGGGAGAUGCUAUUAAUAGGGCCACCAACUUCCUGAGGGGUAAAUAUUCUCAACUGCGCAAACCGUAUUCUGUCGCAAUCACGUCCUACGCGCUGGCAUUGGCCGGGAAGCUCCAGGACACAAACACACUACUGAAUGCAGCCACAGACAAGAGCCACUGGAAAGAGCCAGAUUCAUUGUUUAUCACCCUGGAGGCCACAUCAUACGCUCUUCUGACCCUCCUUAAAAUGAAGCAGCACAAUCCAACCAGUGCCAUAGUGCGUUGGCUAAACGAGCAGAGAUAUUAUGGGGCAGUUUUUGACUCCACACAAGCUACAAUUAUAUUGUACCAAGCUCUGGCUCAGUAUCAGACAGAUGUCCCCAAUGUUAGUGACUUGAACAUGGACGUCUCUGUCUUCUUCCCUGAGAAAAAAGAUCCCGUCAGUAUCCAUAUUGAUAACAAGAGUGCUUUGAGGCUGCGCUCGGAAGAGAUCACUGUAAAUCAAGACUUUGUAGUUAAAGCUAAAGGCAAAGGACAAGCUCUUCUGACAGUAGUGUCUGUGUAUCACGCUCUUACAACGGAGAAGCAAAUGGAAUGUAAAAACUUUGAUCUCUCUGUGACAGUGAAUGAAGAGAAAAAUCUGAAGCUCCCUGACGGUGUUGUGGCUGCAGUGUCUAUUGAAGUCUGUGCAAGAUAUCUCAAAAAGUCUGAUGCCACCAUGUCCAUCGUGGAUAUCUCAAUGAUGACUGGUUUCUCUCCCGAUACUAAUUCCCUUAAUAAUCUAAUGAAAGGAGUGGACAAAUACAUCUCCAAGUAUGAAAUCAACAAAGGAGCAAAUGAGAGGGGAACCCUUAUUCUCUAUUUAGAUAAGAUCUCCCACACGGAGCCAGAAUGUGUGAAGUUUUACGCUCACCAGUAUUUUGUGGUGGGUCUCGUUCAACCUGCUUCUGUGACAGUGUAUGACUAUUAUACUCCCGAGAACCGCUGCACUAAAUUCUACCACGUUAAUGAGAGCAGCGCGCUAUAUGGCAAGAUUUGUCAGGGGGAUGUAUGUCGCUGCGCAGAGGAGAACUGUUUCUUGCAGCAGAAAAUUGACUCUGAAGUCACAGCCAAAAUGAGAAUGGAUAUGGCCUGCGCUCCGGGUGUGGAUUAUGUGUACAAGGCCACCGUCAAGGAGGUGCAGCCCAAUGAAAUUUUCGACAACUAUGUGCUGACAAUUGGGAAGGUGAUUAAGCAAGGUACAGAUCAGGUUGGUGAGGACAGGGAACGUAACUUCAUCAGUCACAUCAAAUGUCGGAAAGCUUUGGAUCUGAAGGUCGGCAGAGAUUACCUGAUCUGGGGUAUCACCGGGGACCUUUGGGAACAGCCUGAUGGAUAUUCCUAUAUCAUUGGCCAAGAUACAUGGAUUGAGUGGUGGCCCAGUGAGAGGGACUGUCAGCGACGUGAGAACUAUGAUAUCUGUGAUAUAUUUGAUGAUUUGUCUGAAAACCUCUUGAUUGCUGGCUGUUCCAACUGAAAGAAGCUGAUUUGGACCCCUUUCAGAUUUCCUCCUGGCAUCUUAUUUUGCAUUUUAAAUUUUGUUAAUUCCCCUUCCGUGUUUUAUAUUUAGUCCAAAUGAACACUUUGUUCUUCUGAUUUGGCUUCAACCACAGCAUCAAUAGUCUGAAUAGUCCUAUAACUUAUGGCAGUGCAACAGGCACAAACACCCCAGCAAAGUAGCCCAAAAAUAACCCAAUAUGCACAUUGAAAAAAAAUUCUAAAAAAAUAAAAGUAUAUAUGGGGAAAA